GGAAGGGUUUCAAUGCGCUAUGGAUGCGCUGUAUCAAUAGAAUUUCUUCAUUUGUAUGAGAGGCUCUGAAUGAAAUUUCUUUACCUAAACCUACCUACUUUCUCCUGUCGUUUUUUCUUGGUAUAUUAAUCGAUGUUUUCGUAAAGGAAUUGUUAGAAUUUGCUUAGUGUUUUCCGUUCUUUUUACCAGGCACUUAUUCUUGGAGGUACGGUAUAAUUAUUAUUGUUACAUCUACAUCAAUGGAAAUUCUACGAGAGAUUUCGCGUUUGUCUGUGGAUGGUAGCAUUGGAGAUACCUCACCAACAGAGAUUUGCCUCUUACGCGCCCACCCGCCGUCUCACCCAGACGCGGAUGCACAUCUAGAGUUCUCUACCGAGAACAUCCACGAAGCCGCUCUGUUUGAUAAAAUUCGCAACGACCAAUUAUUCCCUCAAUCUACUCCGCCAACGCCAAGUCUAAGUUUAAUAUUCUUUCCAGAUUUUAAGUGGAAACCUAUCAGCAAGGAUCCAAUUCAACGUGAUCAGCUUUGUAAUUACCUGCGACUAGAUGAUGCCUUGCUGGCUUACAUCGUUUCCUCGAGAUCAGGCUGGUAUCAUGUGGCAAGUGACAAUCAAUACAACUUCAUGAUCAAAGACUACCUCUAUAUGCUUGCAUGGACCUUCGAUCCGGUCACUCUGGAGACACGUGCUAUGCUCGCGGCGCGGAGUGAUUAUAAAAAACGGUCUAGUCUGAAAAACAGGCAUGGGGAAUUCUACCUACCAGGGCUCCGGGUCGCGCAUUUAUAUCAUCCCCUCUCCCUUGCCUGCCUAUGCCUUACGGAUUUUGUCUUCUAUUUUGACAAGCUUAUCGUUGAUGAGGGGUACACGAUCGGCGACAUCGAGGAAGACACUGGUCACGGAUUAUGGGUAAAGGGCAAACCCCAGAAGGGCUUCGACCUGGAAAAACUCAUGACCGCAUCAAGGAAUAUCGCGAAGAUAAUAGGCUUGUUUGCUAACCUUUUUAAGAGCGUGGAAAUCACACAGACUAUUAUCGAGUCUCUGCAGGAUAAGAAAACAUGGGAAGAAUGGUACGGCAGAGAUGAUGCAGAGUCAUUGAAAAACUUCGAUCAUUGCACUACGUCGUUCAGCUCGGCUGUAGGGCUGCUAAAGCUACGUAUCAAGACAAUCAAACAAUCUGGUCGCGUUAUGGAUGAACGAGCCAAAGCACAAUCCAAUGUGAUAGCAGCUCUGAUCCGCCGCCAAGACGCCGUAACGGGUCAUCGACUGGCGGAAGCUAGCAAGAAGCUUGCGGAAGCAACCAAGAAGGAUAGCUCCGACAUGAAAGUGAUUGCCAUUAUGACUAUGGCGUUCCUUCCUGCGACAUUCUUCGCUGCGCUCUUCGACCAACCUACACUUGCUUGGGACCAACCGCAAGUAAUUACAAGCAACUUCUGGGUGUAUUGGGCCCUUACAAUACCUACAACGCUCAUCAUAUUCGCUCUCUGGUAUAUACUAAAUGAGUACAAUAUACUCAGAUGGAGGAAAAGGAAGACGGAGGAUAGCGAUAUAGAGAUGAAUCCAUAUUAUGGUUUAUCUGAAGGCACCUUCGGAAACACCCUCUUGGUAGAUCCAAAUGAAGAGGUGAAAUCCAGGACCAGAACGAACUUUACGGGUCUUUUUUAGUUGACACUAGACACGUGGUGAUGUUCAUCUAAGGCGAAGGACACGAGUAUUGAUUUCUCUGGUUGUGCUCUGGGAAUCUUGAAAAAUUGGGAAACUGAUGCUUGAGUUUUAUUUACGCC